UCUCUCUAAAAUACAAUCUCUCUCGCUAUAUCGACCUGCUCUGUUUUUGCCCAACCCAAGCCCUCUUUGCCUUCUCUCUCUCUCUCUUUCUCUCUCUCUCUCCACCAUAUAAUCACUUACGCCACGAACUCAAAACCAAAGCUCUUUGCUCAGUUCAAUUAACCCGCCAAAAGGUUUCGGACGGGAAGCUUCGCGACGCCGCCGCGUUUAUGGAAUGAGAGAUGGAUUCGGGGGAUGGUAAUGGACCUGUGGAUGUGUCGGGGCCGAGAUCGGAGGGUUUGGUGCCUCCGGUAGGGGAGAAGAGGCCGGCCGAGGACGGGGGAUUGGGGGCGCCGGAGGGGAAGAAGGCGAGGACCGGCGGUGGAUUGGUCGGGAAUAUGAGGCAGGUGGCGGAGAGGGUGCUCGUGUUGGCGGCGAUGGGGAUGAUGAGGGCCGGGAGGAGUCCGACCGCGGCGGAGAACGAGAUGAUGGCGGAGGCGAGGGGGAAGUUGGCUGAAGUUUGUGAAAGGUUUGCUCCGAAGGAUCUUUUCCCGACGGAUGCGUGUGGGACGGUAAUUGAAGAUCUUGGCCUUAGCAAGCCGAGGGAGCAGAGGCUAGGGUUCCGACCUCCCAAGAUGUCUAUUGCUGAGAAGUUGUUGUUCACCAAGCGAAAGAUGGAAAAAUCUGAAGAAUUGUCUUCUCGUGCUGCUACAAAUUCAUCUCAGUCAUUGCAAACGAACUUGGGUGCAGCAGCUGAAAGCCGUGGGGCAUCACACAUGACCAGAAUGUUUCCAUCAGAUAAGUCAAGUCAUCCACCUGUUUCUUCGGGAGGUUUUCAGCCUGCUUCACCUUUUGCUCGUGGUUCUGUUGCAAAUUCUACCCCUUUGCCAUAUCAGUUACCCGCAACUGGAGUCAGAACAUCCUUGGCUUCCAGUGCAUCACCAUCCAGUCUUAUAGGAAAGGAUUCCUCAUCCUCAUCAAUGCCUAGGGUUGACAGACCACAGCUCAGAUUGGAUCCAAGAUUAAAUGGUUCAUCUUAUACAUCGCAAAAUCAAGUUAAUUCUUCUGGAGAUCAGACACAGCUAAAAACUCCAGUUUGGUCUCACCAAUCCCAGUCUAUGACAUCAGGUAAAACUGGAUCAGAUAAUAAGCUGGUUCAGCAUCCUGCAGGUAAGAUGGAGGGGACCGCUGAUAUGACUUCAACAAGAGUGGCUCCUCAAGCUGCAACUUCUAAGCCACUGAUCCCCCAGACCACAUCUGGACUUCCGUCGACUGUGCACAUGCAAGGCAUGAACUUUGUUCAGGCUCCUCUGCUUACCAAUGUCCACCAUGAAAUUGGUAAAAUUGUCCAGAAGUUAUUACAACCACAGCUUCCGCAGCACCCGACAUGGAUUCCCCCUUCAAGAGAUUACAUGAACAAGCUUCUGACUUGUCAGGUGUGCAAACUUGGCGUUAAUGAGGUGGAUAAUGUACUCAUUUGUGAUAAUUGUGAUAAGGGGUAUCACCUAAAAUGUCUCCAGUCUCACAAUCCUAAAGGAGUUCCUAAAGGUGAGUGGCACUGUUUCAAGUGUGUGUCAUUAAGCAACGGGAAACCUUUACCUCCUAAAUAUGGCCGUGUCACAAGGAAUAUAAGUGGACCAAAAUUGCCAUCCAAUACUGCAGCAGUUCAUCCAUCACCAGGAAAGGUGGCACCAUCAGGGGAAAAGGGAAAUCAGCAGAAAAUAACAGCAAAUGGAAACUCUGGCUUACUGAGAACUCCUGUUGUUGGCAUGGGCAGUAAUCAUUUUCAUUCAGCAUCUGAUUCAAAUAAGCCAAAUGUAAGAGAAAUGCAAGAGAAUGGUGUUUUAUCAAGUGCAGAAAAAGUGGAUGAUAAACACUAUUUUGGAACAUAUCCCAGCAACAUAAUUAGUUCCACUGGGGUCGCUUUCAUUUCUUCUGAUGUUGUUUCAUCGAUUGAUAGAUCAUAUGAGGUGAACUUGGCUCCUGAAUUAAAAAGACUGUCUCCUGCAAAACCAUCUGAGAUAGGUCACUUGCAAGCUUCUAGCAACACCCAAAAUAAUGACCAAGAAAAGCUUCCAAGCAGUUCUGGGGCCCCUUCAAUGCAAUGCCAUGAGGACAAUCUUACUGUUACAAAUUCAGAGAAAUCUCAGAUCAGAAAAACUUCUAAUGGCAUUCUAGAGGAUGAUGUUAAACAAGAUGGGCAAGUUUUACAAGCUGCACCUGUUAAAAUUUCUGGAACCAGCAAUCCAGCUAGUGAGUGUAGUGGGGCUUUAGUGGAUGUCUUAAAUGAUGUCGACUGGAUUGGUGACGUACUUCAAGUUGUGGAUGAAAGGACAUAUUAUCGAUCUUCUUGUGUCAAUGGAGUUGUGUAUACAGUGCAGGAUCAUGCUCUUUUUUGCUCUAACAAUGGCAAACUGAUACCUUAUAAGGUUCAGGCCAUGUGGGAGGAUAACAAAACUAGAUCAAAGUGGUGCCUUGUUAACAGAUGCUAUUUCCCUGAUGACUUGCCAGAGGCUGUUGGUCGGCCUUGUUCCCCUGAAAGCAAUGAGGUCUAUGAGUCUACUCAUGGUAGCACCAAAAUGGUUGGCUUGAUUCAAGGGCCAUGUAUAGUUCUUCCUCCAGGCAAGUUCAUUGAAGAAAGUGAGAGGAGAUCUCGCCUGGGGGCUGUGGCAACUGGUGGAUUAUGGCCACUUUUCCUAUGCAAAUGGUUUUAUGAUGAACCAAAAGGUGUAUUCAGAGAUGUUUCGAUUUAGUUGCAAACUGAGACAAACUUUAGGUAGUCUUGUCAAAGCUUACUUGCAGGAAGCUGAUGGAUCAUCUUUUUAAUCAGGUAGCAAUUUUUGAGGGGCCCUUCAGACAAUUAGUGGAGCUUCCAGCAUCAAAUCAGUUUCAUGUACAAUAUGUAGUUGUAGCCCUAGACCUAGCCCUAGCCCUAGUUUGUACCAUCUUCCUAGCAACUCAAAUUGCAGCGCCCGCCCUUCUUUCGGUUUUUGUAAAUCUAUUCUGGUGAACGGAUUGCAUCCUCCAUUUUCUUUUUCAGUUGUUGAAAGCUUAUACCCCUCUAUUAGCUAGCGAAGCAUGAAUGACAUGUUUCCAUCUCUCUUUUAACAUUGAAAUAUUUAUCCAAUACAAGAUGCAAUUUUCUUUUUAAAGA